CAACGGCAAUCUCUUUAUUCAUUCACUUAUAUAUAUAUAUGUCAACCAGUCUUCUCUUCCCCGUCCCGACACUGUUUUCCCGUCUCUAAGCGCUGCCGAUUCUUACUCCGGUCUAGGGUUCCGACAAUCGUCCGCAAAGCUGGAUAAACACAGGUCCGAACGCUAUGACAACAGCAACGUUCCUAGCCCAGACCCCUACUACAGCAACCGUUCUCGAGGCCCUUCGCGUUUCUCCGACGCUCCUCUUCCUCCUUCCAUGAAUCGCUAUAACAGCAACACUAACAGCAGCGAAUUCAAUGACCGCGACGAUGAUGACCGUGAUUCCUACCGUCACCGUCGUAGCAGUCCCAGCAGUUUCCGCGUUAGUGUAGGAGGAGGAGGCGGCGGAGGUCAUCGUCCCUUCGACAGUCCGCCUCGUCAGCAUCUUGGUGGUGGCGGAGGGUUUCGAUCGAUCGGUGGUGGCGAGUUGCGGCCGAUGGGUGGGGGUUUUGGAGGUAGUUACCCUGCACCUCCAAUGCCUCCGCUGUUGCAGCAGUCGCAGCCGCAGCCGCAGCCGCAGAGUCAUGCCGGGCAGAAACGAGGUUUCCCUUUCUCUGGACAAGGAGAUUCCCCUAGUACAGAUCGUCUUGGCGGCGGCAGCGGUGGCGGCAGCUUUGCCAAACUCUUUGUGGGGUCUGUUCCAAGGACAAUCAGGGAAGAGGAUAUUCGCCCGCUGUUUGAAGAACAUGGAAAUGUCCUAGAGGUUGCUUUGAUUAAAGACAAGAGAACUGGACAGCAGCAAGGAUGUUGUUUUAUAAAAUAUUCAACCACUGAAGAAGCUGAGAGGGCUAUUAGAGCUUUGCACAAUCGACAUACUCUGCCUGGGGGAGUUGGUCCUAUUCAAGUCAGAUAUGCUGAUGGUGAACGGGAACGUCUUGGUGCUGUUGAGUACAAGUUGUUUGUCGGGUCACUCAACAAACAAGCUACUGAAAAGGAAGUUGAGGAAGUUUUUUCAAGCUUUGGUCGAGUUGAAGAUGUUUAUCUCAUGCGUGAUGAAUUGAAGCAAAGUCGUGGAUGUGGAUUUGUUAAAUAUGCUGAUAGAGAAAUGGCAUUGGCAGCCAUAGAUGCUCUUAAUGGAAUUUAUCCAAUGAGAGGGUGUGAUCAACCUUUAACCGUCCGGUUUGCUGAUCCUAAAAGGCCUAGAUCUGGAGCUGGAGAUUCAAGAGGUGGAGCUCCUGCCUUUGGAGGUCCAGGUUUUGGUCCUCAUUUUCAAGUGCCAGUGCCUAGACAAACCCCUAACUUUCCUGAUACCAGGGGGGAUCAUGUUACGUCAAAUGCUUGGCACCCAAUGAGUCCUGAGAAUAUUGGUCCACCUUCUAAUCCUGGUAUUCGUGGUUUCGGCAGUCAGUUGCCUCCUAGGUCUGGAGACCUCACAAUGCCUUCAAAUCCUGGUGGUCCCUUCGGUGGUCCUUCAGAAGGCGUUGCUCCUGGAGUCUUGGGUCCAUCUUCAUCUACUUCACAACAGGGUUUUAAUCAAUCAUCAUCACAAGUCCCAUUGGUUGGGCAGCAAAUUUCACCACUACAGAAGCCUCUUCAAUCACCUCAACAUUUGCCUCCAUCCUUUCAACUACAGUCUCAGAGGGCAGCUUCUUACCCACAGACACUAACUGCCCAUCAUGGUCAGCCACAAUUUCCUACUGCCAGUCAAACACCAUUUAGUCAAGCUCAGCCCUCACAACAUUUACAUGGGUUGAGUGGACAAUUGCCUUCUUCUCAGGUGCAGGUUCAGCAGUCUGUGUCUUCUUCUACUCCAUCACAAACUCCACUGAUUAUGAACUUCCCACCUGGCAAUAUGUCCACCUCAACAAAUCAACAGCAUUUGCCUCCUCCCAUCCAGCAGUCCCCUUCUCAGCUAGCUCAGAUGCUGUCUCAACAGACACAAACUUUGCAAGCAACCUUUCAAUCGUCUCAGCAGGCUUUCUCUCAGCUGCAGCAACAAUUGCAGCAAAUGCAACCAUCAAAUCCGAAUUCAUCAUUGCAACAGAAUCCUCAAAAGCACCAGUCUCAGUGGCUAGGAAUUUCCCCACAGCCGGUUGCCAGCACUCCUACUACCAUACCUGCUAAAGAUGUGCCUUCAUCUACGGCAUCUGGUCAUGCAGCCCCUGCUGUAAAGCAGCCAGUAGCUCCUUUAGAAUGUCAUUGGACAGAGCAUACUUCACCUGAUGGGUUCAAGUACUACCAUAAUAGUGUAACUCGUGAAAGCAGGUGGGAGAAACCUGAGGAGUUGAUUUUGUUCGAACAACAAAAGCAGCAACAAAAACAAGUCCAGCAGCCUACUCAGCCACAUCCUCAAGUUCUGCCCACCCAGCAAGCUUCACAAGCACAACAGGCACAACCUCAUACUCAGCUUCAAAUACAGCAGCGCCAGCAGCAGCAGCAGCAGCAGUUACAGCAACCCUUUUUUCCCUCAAUGUAUCCAGCUUCUGGAAUAAGAGGUCAACAAAAUACACAGGAAAUUGGUUAUACACAAUUAUCAAUGCCAACUCCAACAAUGAAUGAUCCAACACGGUUCCAGCAGGGACUUCUGCCUGCACAGGAGUUGGCAUGGAAAAAUAAGCCAUCAGGGACUUGAAGCAAACUCGCGGCACAAAACGGGCAUAAGUCGAGUCUUGGAGGGAAACAAGACCUAACUGAAUUGAGGCGAGGUGCAGGCCAGCUGCUUUAACCAUAAAUGCCAGAUUGUAUCUCUAGGACUAGGGUUCUUAAAUCUCCACAACAAGGUUUCUCUAACUUGCUUCUUUUUGCUGGGAGCCAUUAUCUCCCUGCAAUUAUCUGGCUUUUAAGUUUCCCUGUCUUCGAUACAUAGCAGAAGCCAUGCCUCGACCUUGUGAUCUUUUCAUGUAACAUAACGGUAGCUACUAUACCCAUUACCCAGAUUUAGCGAAAGCUUUGUAACUUAUAUUCACCAUGGGCUAACAUAAGAGAAACCUAAACCAACCGCUCAACAAUUCUGUUCAUCGUUGCCUGGAAUCUGAAGGAAUAUGGUUGAGUUUCUCAUGUUGAAUUAUAGAACUCCAAGUGAUUUAGAGAACGUAGAGAUCAUUAAAUUUGGUAGGGAUAA